AUGCGGCACGCUGACCGCCAUUAUGCUUCUUUGCUUCAAGAGCUGGGUCCAGCAGACCAUGGCAGGCACAGGCACGCGGCCGAGGAGAAGUACCCGGACCGCUGCGGAGGGGAUGGUGACAAGUGCGGCAAGCGCAUGCAGGAGGUUGUCGGCGAUUUGUCGCGGCCAAGCACAAAUUGCUGGCAGUGCAUCGAGCCAAGCACGUGGGCGCCACUAGGUCGGAGCACAAGUUUUCACGGCAGGACCCGAUGUGCGGACGUAAGAAAGCGCGAGGAAAAAACAACAACAACUGCUGGAUGA